CCGUUUGAAUGAUCAAUGAUGCUGAAGCUGAUCGUUGCGUCUCUCCUGGUGUUCCUUCCAGUGGCCUGGUCCACGACUUGCACUGACUGCAAGACAGAGUAUGGCACAGCCAAGACUAAUGCGAGCUCAGACAACACUGUAAAAUGCACUGUCCUCAGCUCCUACCUGACUUGUCUCGGGACCUCAGCUAAAGGUGAUGCCGGUUGUCCACUACCAACUGAUGACGCAGCCGCAAUCGAAACAGAUUACACGAACGCCAGUUGCUCGUCCACUGACACCUGUGUCUGUCAGAAGACGUUCUGGGCGACUGCUCAAGCCGAUGACGCUGCUACCUGCAUGGCGUACAAGGCAGAACUCAACUGCCUCAGCUCAGCAAAGACACCUACUGGCUGCAACGGUACAACUACGAAAAGCGCUAUCGCCACGACAGCCGAGACAGCACGCGCCUCUCUGACCAAUGCUUCAGCCGAUAUGUGUCCAGCUCCGACCAGUACUUGCCAGUGUGAGAUUGACGCUGCCAAGGGCGACAACAGCGACAGUACCAAAUACUGCAAUGUCCUGACAACCCUGAGAACUUGCCUGUCCCUCAUCACAAACACCACAGAGCCCGGAUGUACCGCUGUAACCCAUGCCGCACUAGUCACCAGCACAGGCACCAAGUACACGUCCGCUCAGUGUGCUGCAGACCACGUGACCUUUGUGAUGACGUCACUGGUGCUCUCGCUGUUGGCCACUGUGUUUCUGUAGUGACCUCAACCCGUCGUGUGUGAAGUCGACAAUGUCGCCCAUCUUCGCUAGUUGUUCUUAAAGGUCUGCACACUCAGCAGAAUCUAUCAUAUGCAAUCUUAUAUCUUAAUACUUAUAUCUUAAUACUAAUAUCUUAAUACUUAUAUCUUA